UGGGAGGCUCUGUGGGCCAUCCUUGUCGCUGUGAGUUGCUCUGUGCCCCAGCGGGCGCCUCCCCCUGUCCAGGGAAGCUCGCCCCUCUGCGUCCCGUCGUGCACGCGCUGGCUUCACGACCUUGAGGUCGAUCGAGGGCCGCGUUGCGAUCGGCUUGUCUCGGAGCGUGGCCAUCAAGACGCGACGGGUCACGCAAGCCAACGCUUGCCCAACGCAAAAAUGCGGAGUGGGAGUCCUCCUGAGCGCGAGAGGAGAAGCACGAGGAGGAGUCGCCCGCGCGCCCGAGGGGGCAUCUCGACGGCGUCGCAGGCCCUGUUUUGGAGCCCCGCUCUCUUGGAGCAGGCGGCUCCGCGUGGAAUGCUUUGUACAGCUUUGUACACGGCUUCGAGCCGACCGCGCAAGGGGGGCGCACCAAGAAAGGCCGGGGGGAGAAAAGCCGUGGGGGGGGGAAGGUCAGAGGGCUCGACCGAGACCGCAUGUCGGCCCCGGCCCCCUCGCGCUUAAAAAAACGCAUCGGCACCCCUCGGGGAUGGCGAGCCUCGUCGCUCCGCGGCCCGUCCAGGGACGCGGGGCGUGUCCCGACCCGUGGGGCUCGCCCGCGGCGAGACACCUCCGAGCGGCCACGGGGCGGGCGAGACGCAGUCUCUGCGAGGGCGCGGGCGAGGAUGCCAGGUGCCUCCUGCACAGCAGGCGCACGCUUCACAGACCAGGCAGGGUAUUGCGUGCUGCAGGCUGCAGCCGUCUUGAAAUUGGCACCUGCUUGCCCGACGAGCCGAGGAGCAGAGAGUGAGAGAAAGAGAGAAAAGGAGAGAGAGAGGGGCUCAGGAGGACGACGACGGCGGGCACGAGAACCAGAGAGGCGCCGCGCUGGGCGAGAGGCGGGCAUGGGUUCAAAGGCGCCUUCAAAGGCCCCCCGGGCGACAGGCCCGGGCGGGACAGCGGCCCGGCCUCGCUGUGCGUGCACCCCUGCGGCCUUUGGGUACCAUACCAUUUUCAAACUACUCGUGCAUACACUCCUCCUGUAGAGGGACAUGCCCGACUUGAUGCUGCCUCGGCCGCGCUGGGAUGGCGCGCGCUGGCCGAGCGGUGUAAAAACCUGGUGGGGGGAGCGGCGCUCGCUGGGAGGGCGCCGGCCACACGCCCUCCACCUGCCCUGGCCGGGCGCCACCCUACAAGAUUCCCCCCCGCAGCCUCGCUGGCGCCCUCCGGCUCGCGGAUCGCCGGCUCGGCGACAACCGCGCUUGGCGGCAACGUACUGCUCUGUCGGCGCGGGCAGGCAGGACACGCACGCUCGCGCGGCCUGCGACCUAUGGGCCUCGCGCGUA